UUUCACACUGUUUUCAUUGUUCAACUCAUCAAGAGGUGUUACACACUGCGUGUAUCAUUAGGAGUAAUUCACAAUUCUAUGUCACAAGAUUUUCUUUUCUUUUCAGCGAUCGAAGAAGCGGUGCAGUGACCUAUAUGAAUUGAUGUGAUAGAUAAUUUUAAUUUGUGUGAACUAAAAUUAAUUUAUUCCAUGGAUAUUAAACCACCUCCUUCUGGCCGAGGUGGCUAUAAUUUCUACCAAUCAUCGGAGGUUACUGGGACAGAGUAAAAAUAUAUAGGGAGAGAUUAUCUAACAAAACAUGACAUAUUGAUCACGGAGAAUUGUUUACAAACAAAACGGAUAGUGAUCGGACAAUGAACACCAAGCAAUGCAGCUGCAGCUCAGUGACGGCCCUGGUUCCUCCCUCGCCCUGCCCCAGCGAAAGCCCGGAUGUCCAUUUUACACUGACAACUUCAGCAAGUGAGAGUUCCAUCGCAAGAAAGCGAAGCUCCGACUCCUCCAGUUCCGAAAAGAGUUACAUGUCUUCGGAAAGCUCCAGUUCUUAUCCUACAUUAUACAGAGCUGUCACUUUGUCAUUGUUAAUCCUUUGCAUCGCUUUGACAGCAUCCGUCGUCUCUUUGUUUCUUUUAAUAUCUGAUCUCAGAAACAAACUUGCCAAUGAAAUCGAAAAUCAAAACAGCAGGCAAAUAUGUGUUCCUUGUGCAGACUUAAAGUUUGGACCAUUUCCCGAGGAUAACACCCAUCUCUCUAAACUUAUGAGGAAGGUAGUUAACGGAGUAGAAGUUUGUUGUGGAGGGACACCAAAUCAGACGUCGGCCAUUCUGAGAUUGGUGUUUGAGAAAAGGAAGAACGUCACACAUGCGAGAGCCAUGAUACAAGGACAAGAAAGUUUAAGAGCACGAGCCAAUGCAACUCAAAGGAACCAAAAUGAUGUCGCUGCGCACCUUUUGAUUGGUCCUCAAUUUGCAGCCAUGAGUUCCGAAUUGGGCCAAGCAGCUGUGCGAAACUGGAUGACCGCUGACCCAAUAGCGCACGUCAAAGGUAUGCAGUUAGGUCACGACCGGAUUCGUAUCAACAGUUCUGGGCUUUACUAUAUAUAUAGUCAAGUUUACUUCCUGUCUCAGUACUUUGGCGGGAAAAGUUCUGGCGCCACAACGCUGUAUCACUACGUGUACAGAUAUAACGUGAUUUACCCCAACGGCGGCGAGGAACUUCUCCUGAAAAGCAUAAGAACACAGUGCUGGGAACGGAAUAAGGACUAUGACGAUUACACAAGCUUCACAGGCGGUGUGUUCCGAUUAAAUGUGGGUGACGAAAUUUAUGUUAAGGUUUCGAACAUUAGUCAGGUUUCUCAAGACCCUAAAGCAACUUUUCUUGGUAUGUUUAAAUUAGGAUGAAAUGCAAAAUACCAUUAUGUUGGAAUGGUUUGUAGGUUAUAAUGUCAAAUCCCAUGACAACAAAGUUUAUGAAAUGGAAUCUGGAUAUUCCAAUAAGAUUUCGUCACACGCAUACUAUUAUAGUUUAAGUAAAAAGUGCGUUCAAAGACCAUUGAUGGCGUAACUUGUACAAGUAUUAUACCCCACC